GGUGGAAUUAAGGUUGAGACGAUGGGGGAAGGAAGUCAUUCUGCAAGAGAAAUAAAACAAUCAGGUGUGGGUACUUCUGAGCACCACUGUCCAGCUUUGUGAAGUCAGAGCAAAAGAUGUAAAGGGACUCUUACCCCUGAUGAUAAUAAUGGUGAUAAUUUUCCUGCUGAUUCUAUUCUGGGAAAACGAGCUGGAUGAGGAAGUAGCGGAGUCAACCAUAGAGCACUUGCAUGUGGACUACCCUCAGAGCAACAUCCAUGUAAGGUACUGCAACCAUAUGAUCUUCCAAAGAAUCAUCAAGGAACCUGAUAAUACCUGCAAGAAGGAGCAUGUUUUCAUCCAUGAGAGGCCUCGCAAAAUCAAUAGUGUUUGCACUUCUCCCAAGAAGAUGGCUUGCCAAAACCAUUCCAGCACUUUAUGCUUCCAGAGUGAGACAAAGUUCAAAAUGACGGUCUGUAAGCUCACUGAAGGUGUCAGGUAUCCUGCAUGCAGGUACCACCUUUCCCCCACAGAGGGGUUCAUUCUGGUCACUUGCGACAAUACGGGGCCAGUCACUUUCCAGAGAUAUGUUGAGUAA